ACGUCACUACUCCGAUGUUUCCAGCGCCCUGGCCGUCAAUUUGAAGUGAUUUUCAGUUGUGCUUCCGUUACACGAGUAUACGAUCGUGUUCAACAUAUUUGCGUUGCGUCGUUGUUACACAGGAUGACGGACUUCAAGCAACAUUACAAGAAUCCACGUCCGGGAUUCGGCGACGUGGAUCACAGGAGAUAUCUGCGCGCUUUCAACCACGAUAAAUCUCGCCGGGAGGUCAGAACACGGACUUUCGACAAUAAUCGCAACCUGCAAGACGUUUCGGCGCCAACGAGCCCACAGCCCGCAAAGGAUGUAUCGACUGUUGCUGAUGACCGUAUGAAAAAAUUAAUAAGAUGGAAAGAGGAACGCAACAGGAAGAAGAAGCUUGAAGCUGCCUUGAAAAAACCUGCUUUUAGAGUUGGUGUCGUUCAUCACUCUUUAUGCUCUCCGCGUAUUAGGAGCGACACAGUUGUAACUGCGAAGAAAAUACCGAAGAAAACGGAAAAGUCAAACAUUACCAGGAAACCGCUUACAAGGGCUACAGAGAAACGUUUGCUAGAGAAAAUAGCUUCUGGUAAGCAACCAAUAAAGAAUCUAAAUUUGAUAAAACGUCCUGUAAAUACGAAAACGCCGACUCCUAAGAAACAGAAAUCAUUCGCCCCUCUCGAUUAUCGUUUUAAACCUCCAUCCGGUUUGCCAAAAGUAUCUUCUCUAUUAUUCGGUCUUGUAUCAAUAAAACAAACGCCGCAAGAAACACCAUCGCAGAAGUCUGAGCAAACUUUUUCUGAUCGUACAGAGAACUUGAAAUCUUCCACGCACUCGACGUCAUUAAAUAAACAAAACUCGUCGCAGAAAUUAAAUAAAUCGAUUAUUCGAGAGUCAGACGAAUUAACUACAACUAAAACAACAAGAUCUUCAUUGAAGGAACAGGCUAAGAAUCAGACAAGCAUACAAGAUUCCUUGCAAGAAGAAAAAUCAUCUUCAUCAAGCAGUGAUAUUGAUAUGAAAACGUCACCAAAGACUCCAACAUCUUCCGAGAAAGAAAAUUGUAAUAUGGAAGAUCUUAUUAUCUUUUCGCCGUAUCUCACACGAAGCCGUGGUAAGAGAAACUCUAGGAAAGAGGGACAGCAGCGGCUGGGCAUUGGUCGUCGAUCUGAGGAAAUCCCAACUAAAGAGACUGUUAUGAAGAAUUUGAACAUAUGCGUGGAAGAGGAAGAACGUACUGCUCAAUACUUCAAGUAUCUUGUGAACAAAGAAACGGAUAGACUUAAGGAGAUUUGUAAGAAAUGGCUGGACAUUGGAUCAGAGAAUGAUAUUCCAGAGGAAGCUAAAUAUGAGAUACAACAAGCGGUGGGGCAGACAAAUUUGUUGCUGAAUAAAAAGUUCGAAAGAUUUCGUGGUUUAGUACAGGACUGCGAGACUGGUAAAGGAGAAAUGUUGGUUACAUGCAGAGAUUUGCAAGGAUUUUGGGAUAUGACGUACAUGGAGAUCAAGGAUUGUGAUGCGCGAUUUGAGAAAUUGGAGCAUCGUCAAAGCAACGGAUGGCAGGAGGAGGAACACGCUGUUGUCAAGCGUGCUGUUAAAAAACGAAUGCCUGUGAAAAGACAAAUUGUAUCAUCAAAGCCAAGUGCUUUAAAAUCGUUAAUCCAGGCUGCCAGAAAAAAUAAAAUGGAAGCAGGAACAUUAAGUAAGGAAGUUCUUUUGCCGCAAGAUAUACAUAUAAAUGAAAAACCAAUUAAAAAAGAAGCUUUUGUUGAACUUGACGAAAACACUGAUAAUCGACGUAGCGCAAGGAGAUCUAAAUCCCACGAGCUUACUGAAAGCAAAUUAACUCCUGCUCGAGGUGAGAGCUUUAAAGCAAUUUCGGUACAGAAAGUGCAUUCAUCUUCCGAUAAAUUCAAAAGAAUGAAAAGUCCAUUCGCUGUUAUGAAAAUAAGUCAAAAGUGUAAAACACCCGAAGUUCAAUUAGAUGACACAAUAUCGUACGUUAACUCCGAUCAAACGCCAGGUAAGAGUAUAUUGAAGAAAUCGGAAGAAUUAGAGACUAAGGAAGCCCGCAUGAAGUCCGCGCAUAAAGUCAAUUUUGAUGAUCGAGUAGUUUCGACUGAGGUCCCUCUUGAUGAAGAAAUCCAGACUCAAUUAAAUUUAUCUGCUGCAUUAAACAGAAUAGAUAAUUUCGAUUCAAUGGAAACGAUAAAUCCAUUACUAACGCCACACAUUAAUGCCGAAAAAAGAUUAGACUUUGAAAUUGAAGAUACUUACAGCAGCGACGAUCUGAGUCAAUUGAACCUCACAAUAAAUACGAAAAUAAAAAAACGAUAUAAAUCUAAGUCGUCUAUUCGAAAUACUUCAGAUGCUAUUGUGCAGCCACUUAACGAUAUAACAUCAUCAGUACCCAUGAAAGAAUUAUCGCCAAAUAAUGUGAAGAUUACAUCUAGGAAAAGUUUAAAAAAUCUAAUUCAACAUAAGGACACACCAAGCAGAAAAAAUAAUAUUUUGUUUUCACCUACAACGGGAGCUGACAAAAUUAUUACUGAAACAAUUUCAAAGGAUAUGGAAGAGCUUGAUUUAGGAAUGAGAAUACUUCGAAAUAGAACUGUGCCGGCAAAUAAUACUCCUAAAAGCAGUCGUACUAGCAAAACGAUGACUCCAAAAAGGACAAAUGUUAAUAAAGAGGAAAAUAAGACUCCUCGGAAGUUAAGGAAAAGUUCAUCAAAGUUAUCGCAAAAAAACGAAAAUGAGUACAUGACAGAAAAUGGACGUAAUAUAAUAGAGACUGUGACAUUGGUAGACAAUAUUAAGAAAAGAUCACUUCGAAAAAGUGUUACGUUUGAUGCAACCUGUGUGGCAUGUGCCGAAAACAAACCAACACUGCCUAUGACUCCUUAUUCACGUCGUAGCAAGACGCUUUCAAGACAGAGUCAGAGCAAAGAUGCACUUGACCUUAUGUCAUGGGACACGCCAGACAGAAAACAUCAACGCCGUAGAACUACUAGAUCUCACUCAAAUAAUUCGUAGUAUCUUUUCACGUAUUAUAUAUUUAUAUGUUGUAUUUGUAUACAAAUGAAGCUGACAUGAUUGCUUUUUUUAUAUAAUGACAUUUAAUGGGUUACUUGCGUACAACAAAUGUAUUAUAGAAUAUUUCAUUUGUUUAACGUAAUUUAAGAUGUUCAAUAUAGGAGAAUUUUUUAUAACGUU